AUGCACCACGAGGAGGAGAAUUCUGGAAAACUGGAAAAUUCCUCUUUAAAUGAUACGAAGUAUGUGUUGAAUCCCACGAAGUUGUCCAGACCUAUCGAUGGAUCGUUGUACAUCCCCUGUAUAGUAGGCCUAAAUAACAUUAAAGCUAAUGAUUACUGUAAUGCAGUGUUGCAGGCUUUGACUCUUGUUAAUCCGCUUCGGAAUGACUUCUCGAGAGAAGAAAAUUGCAGAACUUCACAGAGCAUGUGCGAGUAUCAAGAAAUUCUCUCCAAGCUGUUGUAUCGUGGAGUUAAAAGAGGUUUCAGUUCGCUCAGCAGGGUGAAUUUGUAUCGACUCUUAACGAAAUUCAACGGGCAAACCGAGAAGGAAUACAAAAGCAUAAAAGGAAAAUUUCAUGAAGAAGUGCGAAAUAAGUGUAAGAAUUGAGAUCGACACAAUGAUUUUACUCCUGUAACGUUUUUGUAUAUUAAUAUUUCGUCUCUAUUUUGUUGCAUUUAACGGUAGUGAGUUUAUUGUGUUUUGUUUUAUAUAUUUUGAAAUCGCCAAUUCCAAACCAGUUUUCAUGUAAUUAGCAAUUAAAAAAU